UGGUAGGUAAAGAUCAUCAUAAUAAAAAGUAACAUCCAGCAUGGCCAUACAGCAACCAAAACCUCCUCCAAAUCAGCAGCUGUAUGAGUUUCUACUGUUUGACAGUGUGUCUGACAGUGAACUGCCCUCUUUACUGCACCUACUGAGAGGACUGGCUGCUUUGCAUAGCAUUCAUUGACAAGGAGCAAACUUAUAAAAUUGAAAUAGGCAACACUCGUUCUGUCGUUAGAGUUCGACAGUCGCUAGACAAUGCCGAGGCCCCCUUGCAACUCAUAUACACUGGUCAGCUGGACCUGGGUGAUGCUAACAGGCCGGCUGGAGUGAGGAGUUGUGUAUACACUGCAUGCAGUCACAACGCCGCAGAAUGCCUCAAGGAAAUGGGAUUCAUAGCUGUCUAUGAGCUGAUACUGAGAGGCUACGUGUUCAGAAAGGGGCAAAUGAAGAUUGCCGUCUUCAAACUCUAUCAGCCGUCAGGAGAGGGAGCUGGUGUAGCAGGUGCCCAGCUGUUGUCAGAGCACUACCUGGUGGAGUUGUCAGCUGUGACCACAUCAGGACACGACAACGUUGGCAUGGAGAUGAGGGCUUUCGCUGAGCAACUCAAACCGUAUCCUGUGGAGCAAUUGUGAAUUAUAUUAUGAUUAUACAGCUUGUGUACAUAUGGUGAAUUAUGGGAGGUGCAUAUAAUAUCAUAGCUAGCUUGUGUUAAUUGGCUUGUGAAACAAACAUUGUUUAUAGCCAAGUUUGUAGGUAAACAUCAGUUGCCUGAAGUAUGUUCGUGUGCUCUGACAGUAGAUGAUGCUGUUUGGCCUGGCUUUUAGUUGUACUUAGCAAUGUAAAUUAGUCCACUAGUAGUUGCCUGGCAAUAUGGUGGCAACCAUACAGCUAGUGGAUUCUGAAGCUGAAACUAUGUGGUUGAUUUAAACUAAUAGCUAUAACACACGAAUCAGACUCUCGGCAGCUAAAACAGCUUUGGCAGGUAACACGCAGUUGAAGUUUGACCUAAGGAAUGUGAGUCUAAAACACUUCCUUUGAGUCGCAGAUGUCGUACUUCCUCUGGUGUAGGGCUGAUGUGGAUCUGUGUAUUGAGGACUUCAACAGGAUUGCUAUCGUGUGCCUCUGCUAGACAACUUUAAGCCUCAUGGAAAGUACCACAUGGCAGACCUGCACACUGCUGGAGGCCUCCCUAUACUCAUGAAGGAGCUACUAGACGCAGGGCUCUUACAUGGUGACUGUCUCACAGUGACCGGAAAGACUGUGGCAGAGAAUUUAUCAUCUGUCUCCAAAGCAUCUGAUCUGACACAGGACGUUGUGUACCCAUUCUCUAAACCCCUCUCCCCUCCCGGGCACCACAUACCAUUAUCAAGUAAGUCAUUUGUUCUGCAUGGUAGCCUGGCAACAGACAGUGCCGUACUGAAGCUGAGUGGGAAAGUGUUUGACAAGCCGUUCAAAGGCCCAGCGAUUGUGUUCGAUGGGGAGGGGCCAGCCUAUGAUGCCAUUAUGGGUGGCCAGGUUAAACCAGGACAGGUGCUCGUCAUACGAUAUGAAGGACCUAAGGGAAGCCCUGGCAUGCCUGAGAUGUUAAGUCCAGGCUCUGCACUGGUUGGUGCCGGCCUGGGGAAGACUGUUCCCUUGGUAACUGAUGGACGCUUCAGCGGAGCAUCUCACGGGAUCAUGAUUGGUCAUGUGACACCCGAGGCAUUCGUGGGCGGGCCUAUAGCACUGGUGGAGAACGGAGAUAUGAUAAGCAUUGAUGCUGUCAACAGGAGAGUAGAUCUGGAGGUCAGUAAGGAAGUGUUGACGGCUCGGAAAGCUUGCUGGAAGAUUCCCCAAGAGCGUCAGAAAGUGAAGGGUCUACUGGCGAAGUAUCGACGCUCUGUGUCCAGUGCACAUACAGGAGCUGUGACCAGCUAAACCAACUGUGUAUAUAGUAGAGGCCAACGUUGUAGUUUUGUCCUGUAAAGCAAACAAUUUUUAAUUGAUGCAGAAUUGUAUGCAUGUAUAAUUUAAUAUACUUGGACCUUGUUUGUAGAGUAGACUCUAUAUGAUUGUGCACUUGUUGGUCUAAUGAGUUGAGUAAUGUGAA